AUGACCACCAAAGCCGGAACGCCCUUCUAUGUGGCGCCGCAGGUCUUGGAGGGCAAAUAUGAUCAGGCCGCAGAUCUUUGGAGCUGCGGAGUGAUCAUGUACGUGCUUCUUUGCGGCUAUCCUCCUUUUUGGGGUGACACUGACAAGAAGGUGUUGCAGAAGGUCUCCAAGGGCUCCUUCAGCUUCAACCGCGACGACUGGAAGAACGUCUCCGAGGACGCGAAAACUCUCAUCCGGAACCUGCUGAAGUACAGUCCGAAAGAGAGGAUCACCGCGGAGCAAGCCCUCAAUGAUGAGUGGGUGCGGGAGCACGCGCCGCGGGCCACCAACGUGUCCAUCGGCACUGGGCUCGUGGACAACCUCCGGGGCUUCCGGUCGCAGCCUCCCCGGUGCUUUAAGUUGGUUGAGUGGUAG